AUGCGAUCAACCCUUUACACGGCUUUCCGCCAGCACUCCAUACGUUGCUACUCUGCGGCUACCGGUGCUGUCAACAGUCAUCCACCGUAUAAAACACUGGCAGUCGAGGCAUCGGCACCUCACGUACUACAUGUCCGCCUUAAUCGACCGGACAAACGGAACUCCAUUACGGCUGAGGUAUUCCAAGAGCUCCGGGAGUGUUUCGACCGCAUCGACGAGUGUCGUCACACGCGUGCAGUCGUACUGUCCGGCGAGGGAACGGUAUUCUCAUCGGGACUCGACUUUAGUGAGAUGUAUACACUGAUCAGCGCCGGUGGUUGGGUUAUAUCAGGUGAACAAGUGUCUCGAGCGCCGGUAGACAUCGCCCACAACGCCAAAGUAAUCCGAAAAUUGGCAAAACAGUGGCAAAACUCGCUCAACAGUAUAGCCGAGUGCUCUAAACCGGUGGUGGCGGCGGUGAACGGCCCCUGUCUAGGGGUGGGACUGGAGGUGGCCAUAGCCUGCGACGUAAGGCACUGUUCAGGCGAUGCCUACUUUUCCAUACGUGAGGUGACGGUAGGUGUGGCCACCGAUUUAGGUAGCAUUCAACGCGUGCCGAAGAUUAUGGGUAACGACUCGCUGGUGAGGGAACUGGCGUUUACGGGCCGUAAUCUCAAUGCUACCGAUGCCUUUGCUCAUGGAUUGGUGAGUAAGGUGUUACCUACCGGUGCUGAGACUGUUGGGUCAGCGAUAGAGUUGGCGAAAGUGAUUGCAGGGAACAGUCCGGAGGCGGUUCAGGGAACUAAGGCUGGGCUCAACUACUCGAGGGAUCAUACGGUUCGGGAGGGACUGGAGUUUAUGGUCGUCUGGAACCAGUGUAUGAUUCAAAGUCAAGAUCUCAUUAAGGCAGCCAUGGCUACGGCUACCGGGGCUACUAUGCCACCUGUUUUUGAUGAUUUAUAA